CUUAGUUUUUGCUAAGCAAACAAAAAUAUGUGCUGUUUGCAAGAGUAAACAACAGAAUAUGUAAAAAAAAAAAAAAAAUCUUAGGAAUGUCGUCGUGUUGUGAAACUUUAAAUUUUGUUAAAAAAAAAAUUUACUUAACUUUGUUGUUUGCCCGAUGAGAGUGCUUAUUUUUUUUUUCAUUCAUUGAGUUGUGUUCAAUUUACUCAAUAAAAUUAAUAAAUUAUUUUCUAAAUUCAUUCAAAAAUUGAAAACAUAUCUACAUGAAUGUGUGUAUGUGUAUAUAAUACCUGUGUAUCUAUAUAAUUCAAAAAAAAAAAAAAAUUCCAACUUCAAACGAAAGAUACGAUAAUUAUUAUAAAAAUAACGCUGCCACAAAAUACCGUAGCAACAUCGAAAAGAAACUUCAAUGUUAAAACUAAACAAAGCCUUUAGAAUGGAAAAGAUAAUAUAUCUAUGAACAAAAAAAAAAGGAAUCUCAAAUACUGCCUAGACCGCAAUUAAAACGAAAAAAAAAAUUUUUAUUAAUUUUUGCAAAAGAAAACGUUUCUUCUGUCAACAAUAACAACAAACAUUUACAUAUAAAAAAUGGCCUAUCACUCAAAUGGAGGUUAUUCCGGGGAUGAACGUGAAUCGCGAAGCGGUGGCGAUGAUCGUCCCGAAAAUGAUUUAAGCGAUAAACCAAUAUAUUUGCUAGAACAUUUGGCAACAUUUACAGUGAACAAAGAAACUGGUAUUGUUUAUCCAGCUGAUGGAAUGAGAAGACUCCUGCAACUCGAGAAAACUACAGGAAUUUGGUCGCAAAAAAUGCAACUUUGUCUCGAUUAUCAGUGGGUGCUUAUCAUGGACUAUGAAACGGGGAACAUAAUUGAAAGAUUUCCAGCUUCAUUGAUACAAGAGCCAACAGCAUUUACUAGCAAUGACCCUAUGGAAAUGUACAAUAACAUUUUGGUAUUUAUUGUAACCGGGGGCUCAGGAUCAAGGUCAGAAAUGCAUAUUUUCCAGUCACAAGGAGUAUCGGCAGUUCAUUUGGUGGAAGACCUUAAGCAAUUGCGAAGUGGGAAGCUGGUUACACAGCAUCGCGAAACAAUCAAUAUAGCAACGCCACAAAUGAAAUCCUCCUCCCUGAUUCAGCAUCGAGGAAGUUCUGGCCUCAAUCGAGGAGGAGGUGGUGGUGGUGGUGGCGGAGAGUCAUCUGUCGAGCACUAUGGCAUGUCGCGAGAACUUGGUAGCGUUGUUGUUGGUGGAAAUGGUGGAGGUGUUGCUGGUGGUGGAGGAGGAGGUGGCGGCGGCGGUGGCGGCGGUCACGAAACUGACUCUGAACUAGGAUGUGCCAAUGAUGAAACAAGCUCCACAUCAAGUGACAAAUACGAGCGUGAUGUGACAGUGCUUAAUCACUGUUUCGAUGACAUCGAAAAAUUCAUAGCUCGCUUGCAACAUGCGGCGGCAGCUUCUCGUGAAUUAGAACGUCGUCGACGCAAUCGAAAGUCAAAGAAGAAAGAUCCCGGCGAAGGCCUCCUAACACUACGCACCCGACCGCCUCAUGAAAAGGAAUUCAUUGAUAUUUUUGCUAAAUUCAAGCUGUCAUUUAAUUUGCUGGCUAAACUGAAGGCUCAUAUCCAUGAUCCAAAUGCACCGGAAUUGGUGCACUUUUUAUUCACACCAUUGGCCUUGAUUGUCGAGGCGUCAUCCGAUACGUAUUUCGAGUCACAACUUCCAGUAAGAGUGGUGAAUCCAUUGCUAACGAGGGAGGCUGUUAAUUUACUGAUCAAUUGUGUGACUAGCAAAGAAACUGAAUUGUGGCGAUCUUUGGGCGAUGCUUGGACGGUGCCGCGUGAUCAAUGGAAAGAGGAUGUUGGUUCCUAUCAUCCGGUAUUUCUGGACGGAUGGUCGCCGGAUUAUGUGGUGAUUGAUGAAUUAGAUCAUUUGGUUACACCAACAAAUAUAAAACGUAGCAUCGAAUCGCAUCAUAAUUUUGGUAAUGCUAGCAGUUUGGGAAUGAAUGGCAGUGGGGGACUGAUGGGAGGUGAUUACGAUUAUGAUUCACCGCCGCAUCAUCAUCAACACCAUCAAAGUCAAGGUGGUGGUAAUGCUGGCGGGGAUAGAGAUCGGGAUCGGGAUAGGGAUCGAGAUCGUUCAGAUCGAGGGGAUCGCGAACGUGAUAUGAAGGACUUUAGUGCAAGGAGUGACAUUUCACUUGAUUCAAUCGAAAGGAUUGGUGGUGUAACGGCACCAGCUGUAAGUGGUGGCUCGUCAAGCAAUCGACCAUCGAGUGGUCUAAUUGGCAAUGGAACUCAUGCGCAUUUAAAUUCGCAAGCGGCAACGCAAAGUGCUGCUAUGCAGUCGAUUACAACUGGCAUGCAAAAUAUGUAUACAUCAUCGCGCGGUGGUGGUGGAUCGAAUGGGGCAUCAAAUACUUUAGGAUCUGGAACUGGUGGGCCGGCUGCUGAAAUAAGUGGCACACGAGCAGGUGCUAGUGGGAGUGGCGUUGGUGCAGUUGCAGGUGCAGGUAUUGGUGGUGGUGGCGGCGGUCAUGGUGACGAUCAAAUGGUUGAGGCAUGGUUAGAUGAAUUGCAAGCUACAGGUGCCAAAAUUGUCCUUGUUACAUAUCCAAGGACAGCUAAUAAUGAUAAGGAGCUGAGUGUGGUUCGAGGAGAAUAUUUAGAGAUUUUGGAUGAUAGCCGAAAAUGGUGGAAAGCACGAAAUAGUCGAGGACAAGUUGCUCAUGUGCCACAUACCAUUGUUACUCCUUACAACAGUUUCAAUGAAACAGAGUUUAACAAUCAAUUUUAUUCACAUAAUUAUAAAUCAAAUGCAUCCGAAGCUAACUCUCAAUUAGGAGCAACUCAUCCUCAAAACUCAGCUGAAUGGGUUCGUAACAAGCAUAUUGGACAAGAAAGUUUUAAGGAUUCAACAACAUCAUCACCCGUAAGAUACGCUAUACCAGCAAAUCGAUCACGCCAAUUAGAACAACAACAACGACCAGUUUACUAUCCUUCUGCCAUUUAUAGUGAUAAUAAAACAAAACAAAUCUCUAAUUGCAACAACGAGAAGAACAUCAAACAUCAAUACCAAUUCGUUACUACAGUGCCAUUGCCGCCACAACCGCCACCUCCGCCACCGCCAUUUCCGGUAGUUGGUGUACCAUCACCAACAUCGUCUUCGUCGACGCCAUCUUUAACAAUCAACUCAAUCGCUGCCAAUCAAUCGAAUUCCAAUACAAUUUAUUCGAAGAAUACUAACACCGCUGUCUCGACACGACCACCACAAACAUCAUCAUUAUCCUCAAAUCAAAACCAACAACAACAACAUCCGAUGGCUACUCCUGUUCCUGUUCCGGUUGCAGGAGCAUCCACAGAUAUCAUGCAAGAAGAACUUAAACAAGUCUUACGAUCGCGAGAACGCCGCGACUUGGAUAUUUUAAAAACUCCACAAAUUUAUAUCGAACAAAUGUCAAGUCCUUCCGAAGUCGAAACAUGGCUAAGAGCUAAGGAAUUUUCUGAAAAAAUUAUUAAACGUUUACAACGCUUAAGUGGUGAGGAGUUAUUUGCAUUGCCAGCUGAAAAAAUGGAGGAAUUAUUUGGUGUAAAAGAAGGCAGACGUUUGGCAUCACAAAUUAUGUUGCAAAAAAGCGUUUCUGGUUAUAAAACAGCUAGAACAACCGAACUACAAGCUGUUUUAGCCAGAGCCAGGCCAAAGUCAGAAAUGGAGCAACAUUUUUGAAUUGAAUAUACAACAAAACUCGUGAAUCUUUAUAUUGAAUCUCAAAAUUUUAAACUUAAUUUCGAAACCAUUUUAUUAUAUACUAUUACCCGUAUUGGGAUUGUCAACUAUAAAUUUAAAGUUGAUAAAUAUUAAAACCAAAUAGGAAAAUUGAUAAAUUUAUUUAUGGAAUUUUUUUUUUUC